AUGAACAAUAAAACUGCUAGAUUCUUCCUUCAUUAUUGUCCACUUAUUUUCUGUGUUAUAUAUCCACCUCUUUUUUAUGCUGCUGCUAUAUUUAUUCAUAAAUGCGUCUCCUAUUAUGAUUAUACUCAAUUGUUAUGUAAAUGGCCUUGUUAUUUUUACAAUACAAAUUGGUCGAGUAUAGAUUUAUUUCUUAAUAACUAUACUCCUUUACUCUCUAUUCCAGUAUUUUGUAUUCUUCUUUAUGGUCGUGUACUUAUUCAAAAGCAUACUUUGAAACAACAAAGAUUCAAAUGGCGUCGUGACAAAAAAUUGAUAUUACAACUUUGGGCAAUAUCAAGUUUAUAUUUAUUGAUGUGGAUGCCAGUACAAUUAGCAGGACUAAUUAAUAUGUAUUGGUUGCCAACAUUUUUAUUACAAGCUCAAAUUGAUUAUAUGUAUUUAUUUCCAUAUUUGAUACAUAUUCUUUAUCCAUUUAUAGUUUUACUAAGUUUUCAUAAUGAAAUGCUCAAAUUUAAACGAGUUGCAAUAAGAUAA